UCGUUUAGUCGUUUCUCCGUAAUUGAGAUUCUUUUUUUUCUUCUUCCAUUUGAAAAUUCUGCGAGAAGAAAGAAAGAAAGAAAGAAAUGCAUUGACCUUCGAGCUCUACCUGAAAUCCAUAACUCUUUUAUUAUCAAUCCUUUAACCAAAUCGAAAUAUAAAUGUUAUUGUUAAACAGAAUGAACAGGUCUCGAUUGGAUGCAAUCCUCUCCACAUUCGUCUCUGUGCAUCCUCACGAAGUCUCGUCUCUGCUCCACUCUUCCUCCUGUUUCUUCUUCAUUUUAAGCGCGUAUUUUGUAGUGUUACCAUUGAGGGACGACGGGGCGAUCUCUCUAGGGUUAUCGAAUUUACCUGGUUUAUUUGUUGGAUCCUUAGCUCUCACAUUGAUCGCUGCCCCUUUGUCUACUCUCAUUUUCUCUUUGCCUAAUUUCUCCAAAGCUAAGGUGCUUCUUGAAAUUCCAGGCUUUACUUUUGAUACACAGGUUUUUUAGCGUAUCACUUGUCGUGUUCUUCAUUCUAUGGCAUUUUUCAUCAGGUGGAACUUUGCUAUUCAAAACAAAGUUUCCAUAUCUGCAGAAUUAAAGGAAGAUAUAAAGGUAGAUGACAAUCAAACUGAUUCUCCUCAAUAUUCUGGCAGUUGGGCGGAACACAGAUGGUUUUACAUUUCUGUGAGAAUUGGAUUAUUUCUCUGGGUUGCUCUGCUUAAUCUUAUUACAAUAUCUUCAACUUGGGCUAGAAUAAUCGAUGUGAUGGACAGCGAGUCAGGUUCAAGAUUGUUUGGGUUCAUUGGGGCUGGUGCUACACUUGGGCAGCUUUUUGGCUCAUUAUUUGCAACAGGAAUGGCUUGGUUGGGGCCAUUUCUACUUUUAUUUGCAGCUUUGUUAAUGGAACUUGCUGCGCAGUCAUCAAAAGGGAUCAAGAGAGAUACAUCCCAAAUUCCUGAAGAAUUAUCUCCCAUAAGAAAGGUUGAUCCUGAUCUACAAAGCAAGGUCUGUGGUGAGGCUGAUGAACAGACAGCAGCAACUUCCAAAGUGCUUUCUCCAAAGUCACCUACAUCCAAAGUGAAGACUCAGCUUUUGGCUACCUUAGAUGGAUUCCGGCUUAUAUUAUCUUCAACUUAUUUGUUGUAUGUGUCCCUAUUCCUGUGGCUGAGUUCAGUUAUAUCCUCAUUCUUCUAUUUUCAGAAAGUGACUGUAAUUGCCAUGACCGUUACAAGUUCUCUUGGCAGAAGAAGAUUGUUUGCCCAGAUAAAUAGCUUUAUUGCUGUUUUUAUCCUUGCUGGACAACUUACAUUAACGGGGCGUAUCCUUACUAUUGCUGGAGUGACUACUGCUAUAUGCUCUGCACCAGUUGUUGCAUUUCUAAAUUUGGUUGCAGUUUCCGUUUGGCCGACUUGGAUAGCAGUUGCCAUUUGUGAGACUCUAAGGAAGGUGGUCACUUACGUGGUGACCAGGCCAGGAAGAGAACUUCUAUUUACUGUUGUUUCACAGGAAGAAAAAUACAAAGCAAAGGUGUGUAUAGAUGUAGUCGUUCAACGGCUUGGAGAUGCUACAGCAGCAGGAAUGUACAAGCUACUAUUCAGCACUCUUCAUGGGAAGACCUCAACUGUGUCGCUCUAUGCAUUGCCUGUUUGUCUGAUUUGGAUAAUUACAGCAUUCCAUCUAGGACGGCGUCAAGAACAACUUGCCAAGAUCCAGAAUGUCUGAACUUCGAAGAACUCUUUUUUCUUUUUUUUUUUUAUUGGAAAAUUAUAUGCACUGUAGUUUUUGUUUAACAGUUACAAAAUCAAUCAAUUUUAAUUUCCUUUUCAAGUAGAGUCAUGAUUAAUUUGAUUCUUAAUUUUUUUUUUCAAA